AUCUUUUUUAAUUUCGUUUUUCCCAAAUCUCAAUUGGGGCUUAGGUUAAAAUAAAAGGUUAGAGUUUAGACAAAGCUGCACUUCAUCGUCUUCUCCUUCACCACAAAGAAAAUUCCACUCUUAUAAUUGCCGCUCAGUAUUAGUGGUUUUAGUUGGCUUGAAAUAUAUAGGCUAAUAGAUGAAAUGAUAAGUAUUGAGGCGGCGCCAAUGGAUCAAUCGACGAAAGGCAAUGGCUUUACAGCUUCAUCUCCGCCAAAGCUUCAAAUACCAGCUUCCAGGUUUAAACGAAUAGGGAGGACCUCGCCCUUUAUACGAUAUGGCCUUCCGAUGAUUUCACUAACUGUUCUUGGGACGAUUGGUCUUGGCCAUAUGCUUCAAGGCAGCAAGGAUAUUGCCAAAGUGAAGGAUGAUCAGGAAUGGGAGAUCAUUGAGGCAAAGAAAGCACUAUCGAGAACAGGGCCAGUAGGGGCAUAUAACCCUAAGAAGGUUUCGCUAGAAGAGGAGCUAAUGGUAUGUGUAUUUUUGUGCACAACUCACUCUUAUGUAUGUGUAAUCCUUCAGGAAGUUUUAAGGGGAUGUGAUGAUUGGUAAAAAAAAAUGUAUGCGUAUGAGAAUCUCUCGCUGAUAUUUUUCUUAACCACAGGCUUUGCAAUCGAAGGUGGAUAUUGACAAUUAUGAGUAUAAAAAGAUCCCUAAACCUAAGGAGACCACAUGAAGCUAAAAGUUCUUCAUGAGCAUCCUUUCCAAAUUUUGCACCUAUAGAUUUAUCUUCUGUCAGUUGACAAUGUACUCGGAGAGAAGUUUUAGACCAUCUCUUUUGAUUAUUUAAUUGUAUCAAGCUUGUUCACACUGAAUUUAAAUCCGCAGUUGGUAUAAAUUUCCAUGUGAUCCGCCAUGGUGUAUAUUCAAUGUACAAAAUACUGGUAAUUCACUUAUUAGCCUGAUUUUGAAGCAAAAAAUGAAUUGCCUAUUGACUAUUUGCUACC